AUGUGGUUCUUCUUUUUCUUGUCGUUGUUUGUUGGAGUUAAUGCAAAUUUGGGUGGAUGUCCAACAAAUGUAACAUGUAUUUCAAAAGAAACAUGUUGUCAAACAAGUACUGGUUUAUGGUCAUGUUGUCCAAUAGAAGAUGGUCUUUGUUGUGAUGAUGGUCUUCAUUGUUGUUCAAAAGGUCAAACAUGUUUACCUAAUGGACAAUGUUCUUCAUCAUCAAAUCAUAUUUAUUCUGGUUUACCAUUAAGAAUUGUAGAAAAUCCAAUAAAUUCAGUUCCAUGUCCAGAUGGAAGUUCUUGUCCUGAUGGUAGUACUUGUUGUCAAUUAUCAUCAGGUCAAUAUGGUUGUUGUCCACUGGUUGAUGCUGUUUGUUGUAGUGAUCAUCUUCAUUGUUGUCCACAUGGAUAUACUUGUGAUGUUGAACAUUCACGAUGUAAAAAAAAAUUCGAUGAUUUAAAUGAUGUUCCAUGUCCUGAUGGUUCUGCAUGCCCUGAUGGUAACACAUGUUGUCAAUUAGCAUCAGGAAGUUAUGGUUGUUGUCCAUUAAGUGAUGCUGUGUGUUGUAGUGAUCAUUAUCAUUGUUGUCCACAUGGAUAUACUUGUGAUGUUGAAAAGGGUCAAUGUACUCCGGGUAUAUCAAUUCCAUGGUUUACUAAAAAACCAUCUUUUCAUCGAAAACAACAAUUAACAGAUAUAAUUGAUGAUAAAGAAACGAAUCUAUAUGAAUUAAAUCGAUUGUCAACAUCUAAUGCAGAAAUAAUUUGUCCAGAUGCUACAAGUUUAUGUCCAUCAACAUCAACUUGUUGUUUAACAGCAGAAUCUACAUGGGGUUGUUGUCCAAUAGAAAAAGCAGUUUGUUGUUCUGAUCGUGAACAUUGUUGUCCUCAACAUUAUAAAUGUGAUUUACAUAUAUUUAAAUGUGAUCAUCCAAUAUUUGGAUCAAUACCAAUAUUUAAAAAAAACCCAUCUUUACAUAAAAUAUCAUCGAAAUUAAUUAUUUCAAAUAUUGAAUCAACUAUUUCAACAAUUCAAUGUCCUGAUGGAAAAUCUAAUUGUCCUGAAGAAACAACUUGUUGUCAAUUAGAAGAUGAAUCGUAUGGAUGUUGUCCAUAUCCUCAAGCAUCUUGUUGUUCGGAUAAAAUUCAUUGUUGUGGAAAUGGAUAUUCAUGUGAUGAAAGUGGUAAAAGAUGUAUUCGUCAUUUGAAUUGGUUAAAUAAAAUUGAUAUAAAACCAUCUGGUGAAAAGUUCCGAUCAUUAAAAAUAAAAGCAAAAGUUGAAUCAUAUUCAAAAUUAUCUCCAUUAAAAGAUGAAACAUGUCCUGAUGGUAAAACAAAAUGUUCAUCAAGUUCAACAUGUUGUCCAAAUAAAGAAAAUAAUCAAAUAACAUAUUCAUGUUGUCCUUAUUCAAAAGGUAUAUGUUGUGGUUCAAAUGGUUCAGUUUGUUGUCCAAAUAAUUAUAUUUGUAAUGAAGAAGAACUUUCUUGUCAAUUAAAUGAUUUAAUAUUAUAUCGAGAUGCUCCAUAUGAUAAUGAUUAUAAUCGAUGUGGAACAUCAGAUGAUGCUUGUUCAGAUGAUCAAACAUGUUGUAGAACUUAUGGAUCAACUGAUAAAGAAUUUGCUUGUUGUGCUUUUCCUGAUGCUCAAUGUUGUCAAGAUGGUCAACAUUGUUGUCCUAAAGGUACAAAAUGUGAUGUUCAAUCUGGUGGAUGUAUUCAAAAUGAUUAA